UCUAAGACCUAUCUUCCUCCCGGUGUUUACAAUCAUCAGCUGAUAGUGGAGAAGACAGACAGCUCUCACUUUCCGUUCUUUUUGUUCAUCAUAUACGAAACGACACGUAGAAAUUCAUAUUUGGUUGGAUGAACAUGAUAUCGAAGAGUUUAUCUUCAGCCCUGAUAACAAAGCAGUUAUCAUGGCAAUCCUUUCCUUCUCUGGUGAGGUGGAUGUCAGCAGUUGCUCGCCCUUUUCCAGUAAUCCAAGAUCCCCUAGACCUUUCAUGCCCACAACUAGCUGAAAGCAGGCGCAAAGCUGAAGAGCAGCUGGCACAGUUAGAGCAACUAAACAAAGUAGCUCUUGGUGGAGGUGGAGAAAAGGGAAUUGCUCUUCAUGUCAAGAGAAAUCGUAAAAUGCUAGUCAGAGACAAGUUAAAACUUCUGUUAGAUGAUGAUGCAGACUUUUUAGAACUCUCGCUUUUGGCUGGGCUUGGUAUGGAGUAUGGAGAUGUACCAGCCGCUGGAGUCAUCUGUGGUAUUGGCAAAGUGCAUGGGAAAUACUGUGUUGUAGGAGCUAGUGAUGGCACUGUCAAAAGUGGAACCUUCUACCCAAUCACCGUCACCAAAAACCUACGUACCCAAAAUAUUGGUGCCAUGAACCGUCUGCCUUGCAUUUAUCUUGUAGAUUCAGCAGGUGGAUUUCUUCCACUUCAGUCUGAUCUGUUUGCGGACAAGAACCAUGGUGGCCGUGGCUUCUACAAUCCACCUGUAAUGUCAGCAGCAGGCAUUCCACAGCUGGCAUUGGUGUGUGGAUCUUGCACAGCUGGAGGGGCAUACCAACCCUCCAUGUGUGAGGAUGCUGCCAUUGUCACCAGGAUAGGCACCAUUUUCCUUGGUGGACCACCCCUCGUCAAGGCAGCUACUGGAGAGGAGAUAUCGGCAGAGGAUUUAGGAGGUGCUCAGGUGCACUGCAGUGUGAGUGGAGUGACCGACUACUUUGCCACAACUGAAGAGGAAGGCUUUGAAAUUCUAAGAGACACCGUAGCCACUCUCAAUAUCCCUCCCCAGGCCCCUGUCUCUCCGGAGUCUGAGGAGCCAGGCUUGAAUCCAGAUGAUCUUAAUGCCCUGGGUUCCCUUGAAGUAAUUGACCGUAGCAAGAUGUAUGCAGUGAUUGGAAGGGUCGUUGAUGGAGGGAGAUUCCGAGAGUUCAAGCAGCAGUACGGCAAGAACCUCACCACAGGAUAUGCUUUCAUUGAAGGGAAAUGUGUAGGCAUCAUUGGUAAUGCUGGACCUCUGACAUACCAAGACGGUUUGAAAGGCUCACACUUUGUGCAGAUCUGUCAGCAGAGACACCUUCCCAUUGUAUUCUUACAGAACUCUGGCCCGCUCAAAGUACACCAGACGCAGAUGGCAAGCAUGAGUGUAGAAGAAAUCAAUCUAGCUAUGAAGGGAAGAGCAACAAUGAUGGCUGCCGUUUCUUGCGUCACUGUGCCAAAGAUUUCCAUUAAUGUUGGAAACUGCCAUGGAGAUGAUAAUUACACAAUGUGUGGACCAUCCUUCUCUCCAAAUUUCAUCUUCUCAUGGCCUGGAACUGUGGUCACACACACUCUCAACCCCCCACCCCUGCCACCACAAGCCAAGCCAGUUUCACCAGAUGGUGAAAAGAAGGAGCCAUCAAAGAAGAGGAAGCCUCUUUCAGCCUUCAGUUUUCCAGUGGGCAGUGCCUUUCACCAUGCAUCUCGAUCAGUCAUUGAUGGUAUAAUUGUUCCUUCUGAAACAAGGCAGGUUGUGGCCAAGUGUUUAAGAAUUUGCCGUCAGCAGGAGAAGAUGAUCAACAACUCCAAAGAUUUUCCAGUAUUUAGAUUAUAAGCAAAUUGUGAUUGUAGUCUCCUUUCUUCCCAAAGAAUUUAUGUCAAUAGCAAAAGUUACUUGUUUUUUCAGCAUAUGUGAUAAGACAGUUGGCAUUAUUCAACAUUUUGCUUAUGUGUUUACCAACCACAGUCAAGGUGAAAAUCAAAACAAGAGUUGAAAGCUUUCAUGUAUCUGGUAUGGGAAGAGCCAUGAAAAUGUAUUUCUUAUGGGAGUUGGAAAUGGACAAAAUAUUGUGGUUGACAUCAUACAUUUAAGAAAUAACUUAAUGACAGGUGUAAUUUUAAGUAUUCCAACUUUAAUUUUUCAUUGCUGCUACAAGAGGAAAUUAAUUCCUGUAACCUGUAAUGAGAUCCAAGAAAAAUGAAAAAUAAAAAAUAAAAAGAUCUUAUCACAGAGAAACAGAUUAUCUAGUUAGUCCAGAUAUGUUUAUGAUAAUUGAUGAAAUAUUUAUAUUUUGAAGAGAAGUAUAACUAUAACAUUUUGUGCUGAACAUUUGUCAUUUCAUUGUUCAUAACUAAGAAUAAGCAUUUCAAAACAGGAUUUUGUUCCAUUUGGCAUAAAGUGUUCAUUAUUCCAUCCUUUCAAAAUUUGGCAUUUGAAGCAUAUUCUACACUAGAUUGAAAGAUAAUUUAAUGCAACAUAAUACCUGUAUUUGUAUCAGUAUUUUUAAAUGUUGGUGUCUAGAUAUUCAAAUAGCUCUUCCAGAAGCAGUGUAAUGAUUUUAUUAUCAUGAUGAAACUGGAAAUGUUAACUAAAAUCUUAAAACAGUUCUCAGGUAGAAGAUUAUUUUUUGCUGAUCUUUGUUUUUGCUGUGCCUUAUGUGUGUGCUCAUGUGUGCAUAAAUAUACAUACAGUCUCUAAUCAUGUAUGUAUAUAUUAAUUGGUGAUUAAUUCAUAACAAAAUGUCUUAAGUUUUGUGGAUCUUUAAAUGUCUUAUAAAGAAUACAUCAUUUAUGACCACAGAACAGUUGGCAGAAGCUGGAAGAGUUUCUGCUAAAUAUUGUGCCUUAGAAAAAAUAGUUGGAAGAAUUGGUAGUUCGUAAUGUUCAAUAAAUCAGCAACUUAUAUCAUUGUUCCCCAA